GUUAUUAAAACAUAAAAGACACAAUGGAUUUUUUAAGUUGGAUGAAUGUUGCUUUACAAAAGGCAAAUGAUUCACUAAAAUCUGGUGAAGUUCCAGUUGGCUGUUUAUUUAUAUAUAACAAUGAUGUCAUUGCUACAGGUAAUAAUACAGUUAACGAAACUCGCAAUGCAACUCGACAUGCAGAAAUAAAUUGUAUAGAUCAAGUUUUAGAGUCCUGUAACAUAAAAGAUUUAAGCUAUAAAAAUGUUUUUUAUGAUACUGAUGUUAUUGUUACCGUAGAACCAUGUAUAAUGUGUACAUCUGCAUUAUGUCAACUACAGGUACGUAACAUUAUAUAUGGUUGUGGAAACGAUCGUUUUGGUGGAUGUAUAAGUGUUUUUGAAGUACCAAAACUUUAUAAUUCAAGAACAAAGAUAAUAGGAGGUAUUAAAGGUACUGAAGCAAUGACAUUGUUAAAAGAAUUUUAUAAAGGUACAAAUCCAAAUGUACCUGAAUCAAAAUUUAAAAAAGACCGUAAAAAGAAGGACACAUAA